UUCGAGACGCAUUACACGGUUACACCGUAAUUGUCCGCCAUUACGGAUACUCGAAUCGAUCAGGCGAGGUCUAUAGAUAACGAUAUACUCCUCGCGGGAACGAACGGCACGAAAGUCGAUAUCGUUCGUCGCAGGUAAGUCGAUAGCUGAUCGCCGGACUCUCUUUCGCGAGGAAUUGAAUUGAACUUCGAUAGCGAAACGGCGACCGUGGACGGAGACACGAGGGGAGGAACAAAUAUAUCGGCGGCGUGUGCGUCGCGGUGGGAUUCAUCAUCGCAUUCGCGUCGCCGGCGGGGCGACUGACGCAUGAUGCGUUCUUCCGUGAUUUCGCGCCUCGAGUCACGUUGCGCGAGAUUUUUCAUCUUGAUUGUCGAGCAAGAACGACGCUGACAUUGUGCGAAGUGGAUUCGCACAUUUGUCUGGUUACGGCGAAUGCUGUGGACAUUUAAUUUCCACGAAUACGGUGAACGUCACAUCGAGCGACCGCGUGCCGACAGCGGCAUUCGCAAAUGGAGAGUAAUAAACACCAAACAGCACUGCCGAAUGGCGCAGCGAAGCCGAGCACCUCGGACGACAGUAAGAACGACAUACAAAUGGUAUUGGCGAAAAUGAUGGAGGAGAAGCAUACGUACACAUAUAAAAAAUUGGUGGUACCGCCGUCAAUGCGGAGUAUUUACUGGAAAUUCUUUGGCUUUCCAGCCACCGAUGAUGGUGACAUUCUCACAAAAGUCAAGAUCGUUUGUAUAUUAUGCAAGACGCAAAUUGCCUACAAUCGUAACACCAGCAACCUCCGUAUGCACUUGCAGAAUAAACACUCCCAGGAAUUGAUGGAUCUAGAGUCGUCCAGUCUAUCAUCCUCGAGACAGCUCCUACCACAGGAUAAUAAGGAGCGUAAAGUGCAGAAAAAGCUGCUGAAAGCUAGCCUGAGUCCUACUAAAUAUAUUUAUACCACUAAUGCAGAUGGUACCGUUCAGAUAGAUGGUGAUAUCCAGUUUGUUACAGAUCCUAACAUAAGUCUGUCAAAUAUGGAAGAUGAUAUCACAAUUGGUCAACCAUUGAGAGUGAUGAUUAAAGGAGGGUCCAGUAUUAAUGGUAGCAGUCAAAACGUGGCGUUUCUUAUGUCAGAAGAGAACGUAACGAAUCAAUCAGUUGAUGUAAAAACUGUCUCAGAUGCCAUUGCUGAAUUUAUAGUAAUGGAUUUACAAUUGCCUGAAAUUGUAGAGGGACGUGGAUUCCAAAGAUUGGUAGCUACCCUACGUUCACCUUGUGAGAUUCCUAGCAAAAACAAGUUAGAAGAGGAGAUAAUACCGAAGAUAUAUGACAGUUUCCGGGAGUCAGUGACGACUUCCUUGACCUGUGUUGCAUCAGAGGUUGCGCUUACAAUUGAAGAAUGGCAGUCCAAUAAUAAGGAGAAUUUUGUUACUGUAUCAGUUUAUUAUCAGACUAAUGGAGAAGCUACCUUAGAAUGUAAGACUUUAAGUACUCUUCAUGCUCCACUAGAUUGGGAAGAAUCCCAUUGGAACAGCACUAUAGACUCUCUCUUACUCGAAUGGGAUCUUAAGACGGAGAAAAUAACAGCAGUGGUUGUUAGCACUACGAGAACAGAGUUACUUGCUGCACUAAAUAAUCACGGUUUUACUGUAGUGCCCUGCCUGCUUCAUACUUUGCAAGUUUGCGCACAGGCUUGCUUUGAGAAUCCUGAGGUAGCUCAUACGUUAUCCAAGUGCAGAUCGAUCAUUGGAGCCAUAAUAAGCCAUCCAACUGCACUUGCGACGUUGACUAUGCAGGAACAAUUAUCAGAGUUGGAAGAUAAUAUUAUAAUGCUAGAUUAUCCAGUUGUAUGGAUAUCGACAUAUACGAUGCUGGAACAAAUGAUUAUGCGUCGCAGUAUGAUAACAGCCAUUUUAGGAAGCAUAGAAGGAAUAGAUCAAGAAAUGUUUGAAAUCAGUGAUGAACAGUGGAAUAUCAUGGCAGAUAUCGUAAAUGUUCUCGAACCGUUCAAAGUCACUAUUAUGACAUUAAGCGAAGAGAAAAUGCCUCUGAUAUCUUUGUUGAAACCAUUACUUUGGCAACUCGUGUCCUCGCAUCUUAAAAUAAAGGAAUCAGACAGCGAUACUGCUAGGACAUUCAAAGAAUCUUUGUCGGAAAUGCUAUGCGAUCGAUAUGCAGAUUAUAAUGUCUCAUUGCUUCUACAAAUUGCAACCACUUUGGAUCCUAGAUUUAAAGCGAUGCCAUAUGUCACUGAUGAAGACAAAAAUGUAGUUAGCGCUCCUAUAAAGGAAAUGUUAACAAAAUUGAUUCAGGAAGAAUCUGGUGAUAUUUCUAUAAAGACUGAAGAUGAAGGAGCUGUACAAAAUAAGAAAGCUAGAAUAUCAGGUAUGGAGUUUUUACUUGGUAGCUUGUGCACAACAAAGACUGGUAUGCCCGCGGAAGAAAAAGCGGACCUCGAAAUUGUUCAAUAUCAGUCCGAACCUACGGCAUCUCUCGAUUAUUGUCCCCUGCAAUGGUGGUUGAAAGUAUCUGCGAAAUGCCCGAACUUGGCAAAGCUGGUGAGCAGAUAUCAUUGUGUACCUGCUUGUUGUGCACCACCUUCACGCAUACCGCCAGAUGUUCAGAUUCAAUACGAUACGAAACGAGCGACUUUGCCUCCACAUCUGAUCGACAAACUACUCUUUUUGCAUGGUAAUCAUACCAUGCAGGUAUGAAAUUUUUAACCUUGUUAAGAUACAUGGUUAUAUAGAACAUGAAAAAUGAUGUAAAAAAGAUCUCUACGAAAGUGUAUAUUGUUUCUAUGUAAGACGUUAGGAUUUAUUAAAGAGAUAUAUAAAAAUCCAUAUCUUUGCAUAAUAAUAAGUAUUUAUAUUUUGUCCUAAAAUAUUUUAAUAAAAGUGUGAUCGCUCUAUUUUAAUAAAACUUGUAUUUUAAUAUCUGAAAUUCAUGAAAUUAAGAGAUAGGUGCCAAAGUGUAUUUGUGUGAUCUAUAAAAUUCAUUAUGUACAAAAUAAAAUCCAGUUAUUAUAAUCAAUAAUUAUAAAUGGUACAUGAUAUACUUUGUUAUAAUAUGGGCUGAUAUAGAUAAUAUAGACUGGUAUCUGAAGUAUAUUUUAGUACAAAUCUGAUGAAAUAGUAAUACAUUUUCUCUAAUGAUCUCUAUGAUAUCUAUGUAUAAAAGUAUAUUAUUAUUUUGUGAUUGAUGA